AUGGAUAUACUUUGGUGGCCAAAUGAAGCUGAGGCGGCUGAAGUGCUGCAGCAGUUCUUUGAGGUGGCGGGCUUCCCUUCCGUUUUGGGUGCUGUGGAUGGUACGCACAUUCGGAUUCAAGGACCGUCGGACCACGAAGAAGCGCACGUCAACCGCCAUGGCUACCACUCCAUCAACGUGCACCUAGUGGUGGACGCUGCAUACCAAAUUCGCCAUGUGGUAGCAAGGUGGCCUGGCAGUGCAAAUGGCUCCAAGAUCUUCAAGAAGAGCGCCCUUUCCGUAAAGCUAUCCAAUGGAACCUACGACGGCUUGCUGCUGGGCGACAGCGGAUAUGCGUGCGAGCCAUGGCUCAUGACACCCUUCCUGGUGCCCUCGUCAUCGCCAGAGGAGGAAUACAACAAAGCUCACAUCACGCCCAGGUGUAUCGUAGAAAGGUUCAAGUUCUACACUUUGCCUGACUGCACUCCAACUAUGAAUGUAGACAAGGCCCUAUGA